AUCAGACCUGCGUUUUUACUACAACAGACUGCUCCUUGGGGAUACCCUACAAUGGCUAACCCCACUGAUUUUCCCCUACUCUGGGUUAGCAUCCAGAGACUAAAGGCCUCAUACCUAGAGCUGUGCCUGCAUGAUGGGCCUCAGGGAGGAGUGGCCCAGACCCCAGCCCAGCACGUGGCACCACCCCAGGAGCAGUCAAAGCCUGGCUUCUGGCCGAGGACCCUGCUGGGUGGUCCUUCUGGCUGCAAGACUGAGCCACCAGACCCCUCCCGACAGCACAUUCCUGGUUCUCCAGCCCCUCCCCCGGCUCUCGGGCCUCCCAGCCCCCUCCUGCGCUGGCCCAGCCUGUGUCUGAAUUUGCUUCUGAUUCUGUGUGGACGAGGCCCCCUCCCCUCCCUCCUUCCCGACCCGAGCAGCCCCGCCCCCGGCUGGGACCAGGCUCGCGCCUGCGGCGCCCCCCACCCCCUCCUGGCACAGCUCGCCAGCCCUCGCUGCAACUGGGAGGAGGCGGCAGCCCGGGCGCCCCAUGCCCCGCCCGCCCAGGGCCCUUCCCCGGAGGCCGGGAAAUCUGCUCCUCCUGGCCCUCGGUGGGUGAGUGCAGGCAGCCGGCGGCGGGUGGGGCCUCGCGGGCGGAGGCACUGGGAGCCGAGGCGACGCCUGUCAUCGCUCCAGGCCCAGCCAGAAGACGCGCCAACAUCCCCACUGCUGUGCUCCGGCCCUAGGCGUGCCCGCAGCUGCUCCCACCUCUGGGCUUGGGCUGGGGCCGCCGAGGGGCUUUGCUUGCUUGGCACUGCAGACCCCGGGGACCGAGCCUCCGACAGGGUUCUCUCUCUUCGAGGGCAGAAUCGUCCGGCAGGAGCCACUGGCUGACCCAACCAUGCCCCGCUGGCCCUGGGGGCUGCUGCUGACCGCGAGCACUCUCUCCGCUGCACUGAGCCCAGGGCCGCCGGCACCCGCCGACCCCUGCUAUGAUGAGGCCGGGGCGCCCCGCUGCUGUGUUCCGGGCCUGGUCAACGCUGCUCUAGGCCGUGAGGUGCUGGCGUCCAGCACGUGCGGGCGUCCAGCCAAUCGAGCCUGUGACGCCUCGGACCCGCGGCGGGCACACCCUGCCGCCCUCCUGACCUCUGCUGGGGGCACUGCAAGUCCUCUGUGCUGGCGCUCCGAUUUGCUGCAACGGACACCCCUUAACGUGACCCUCACAGUGCCCUUAGGCAAGGCUUUUGAACUUGUCUUCGUGAGCCUGCGCUUCUGCUCAGCUCCCCCAGCCUCCGUGGCCCUGCUCAAGUCACAGGAUCAUGGCCACAGCUGGGCCCCCCUGGGCUUCUUCUCUUCCAGCUGUGGCCUGGACUACGGCCGACCGCCUGCUCCUGUUGAUGGCCCUGCUGGUCCAGGGCCUGAGGCCCUCUGUUUUCCAGCCCCCCAGGCCCAGCCUGAUGGUGGAGGCCUUCUGGCCUUCAGUGUGCAGGACGGCAGCCCACCCAGCCUGGAUCUAGACAACAGUCCAGUGCUCCAAGACUGGGUGACUGCCACAGAUAUCCGAAUAUUACUCACAAGGCCUGGCAUGCUGGGGGAUUCCAGGGAUUGGGAGGCCAUUGUCCCUUACUCCUACUCAGCCACUGAGCUCCAGGUGGGAGGUCGUUGCAAGUGCAAUGGGCAUGCCUCACAGUGCCUGUUGGACACCCAUGGCCACCUGAUCUGCGACUGCCGGCAUGGUACUGAGGGCUCUGAUUGCAGCCGCUGCAAGCCCUUCUACUGUGACAGACCAUGGCAGCGUGCUACAUCACAGGAAGCCCACGCUUGCCUUGCUUGCUCCUGCAAUGGCCAUGCCAGACGCUGCCGCUUCAACAUGGAGCUGUACCGACUCUCAGGCCGCCGCAGUGGUGGUGUCUGCCUCAACUGCCGGCACAACACUGCUGGUCGCCACUGCCACUACUGCCGGGAGGGCUUCUAUCGGGACCCAGGCCGGGCCUUGAGUGACCGUCAUGCUUGCAGAGCUUGUGACUGUCACCCAGUUGGUGCUGCUGGCAAAACCUGUAACCAGACUACAGGCCAGUGUCCCUGUAAGGAUGGUGUUACUGGUCUUACCUGUAACCGUUGUGCCCCAGGCUUCCAGCAGAGCCGCUCUCCCGUGGCACCCUGUGUUAGGACCCCUGCCACUGGACCCACUGAAGAAAGCAGUCCUGUGGAGCCACAAGAUUGCGAGUCUCACUGCAGACCUGCCCGUGGCAGUUACCGAAUCAGCCUGAAGAAAUUCUGCAGGAAGGACUAUGCGGUGCAGGUGGCAGUGGGUGCCCGCGGCGAAGCACGGGGCGCGUGGACACGCUUCCCGGUGACUGUGCUCGCGGUGUUCCGCAGCGGCGAGGAGCGCGCUCGGCGCGGGAACAGCGCGCUGUGGGUACCAACCCGCGACGCGGCCUGCGGUUGCCCGCGCCUCCUACCUGGCCGGCGCUACCUGCUGUUGGGGGGCGGAUCAGGGGCCGUGGCCGGGAGCGCCGGGGGCCGGGGACCUGGGCUCAGCGCAGCGGGUGGAAGCCUCGUGCUGCCCUGGAGAGACGCGUGGACGCGGCGCCUGCGGAGGAUGCAGCGACGCGAGCGACGGGGGCGCUGCGGGACCGCCUGAACCUGUGGGCAGGGCGCGAACUGAGCAUGGCUCUGCACCCACAUAACCCGGCAGGUUCAUCAGUGCAUCCGCCUGCUAAAAGAGUUUUCGCUCGAGUCGCGUGCAUCGUCAGCUGAGCUCCC